AUUUCUGUUAUUAUUUAUUUCCCUAGAUUUAACCACUAGUGGCAAAGUCAUCAGAGUAGUAACUGGAUUAGCAAAAGUUGUUGCUCUCCUCACUCUGCUUUACUUCUUCAUUUGCUCGUUAGACUUUUUAAGCUCAGCAUUCCGUCUCCUGGGUGGAAAGAAAGCAGGACAAGCAUUUCAAGACAAUAAAUUACUCCAGAAUCCAAUUGUUGGUCUGAUGAUAGGUGUUCUGGCCACAGUUCUUGUUCAAAGUUCCUCCACAUCAACCUCUAUUGUUGUCACCAUGGUUGGAAGCAAACUUAUAUCCGUCAGUAAUGCUAUUCCCAUUAUAAUGGGUGCCAACAUUGGAACGUCCGUAACAAACACAAUUGUUUCUCUAAGUCAAGUGAGUGAUCGCAAUGAAUUUCGAAGAGCUUUUGCAGCUGCAACAGUCCACGAUAUGUUUAACUGGUUGACUGUUAUAGUAUUAUUGCCAAUUGAAAUUAUAACAGGUUAUCUGAAAAAAUUGACACAAGAAAUAAUAGAUUCUACAGAAUGGUCACAAAGCAAAGAAGGUGUUAAAAUUGAAUUUUUAAAUAAAUUGACUAAACCAUUUACAAACUUGAUUAUACAGAUUGAUAAAAAAGUAGUAGAAAAUUGUUUCUCUAAGUCAAUAUAUCAUAUAUUAUUUUCAGGUAAAUUUCUUUUGAGAGGAUUGGAUUGGGAUGAUUCCAUUAUUGGAGCAGUAAUGUUAAUAAUUUCUCUUGUUAUGUUAUGCUCAUGUCUUGUGUUGAUGGUAAAACUACUCCAUUCCAUGCUGCGUGGACAAAUUUCUGUUAUCAUCAAAAAAGUUAUAAAUUCUGAACCACGAUUUCCAUUUUCCAUCCUCGUUGGUUACUUGGCCAUAUUAGUAGGAUGUGGAAUGACAAUUUUAGUUCAAAGUAGUUCAAUCUUUACCUCUGCUCUAACACCUUUGGCAGGUGUUGGUAUCAUAUCUUUGGAAAGAAUAUAUCCACUGACAUUAGGUUCUAAUGUUGGAACAACCACUACAAGUUUAUUAGCAGCUUUGACAGCUGGGAAAAAAGAAACACUACAAAUUGCCUUCUGUCAUUUGUUUUUCAAUCUCAGUGGCAUUUUAUUGUUUUAUCCAAUUCCCUACAUGAGAGUACCAAUCCCUUUGGCUAAGUUAUUGGGAAAUAUUACUGCAAAAUAUCGAUGGUUUUCAGUUUUUUACCUUAUUAUGAUGUUCUUUGUUUUGCCAGCAUCUAUAUUUGCUUUAAGCUUAGCAGGCACUACAAUCUUCAUGAUAAUUAUUGGCAUAGUUUUAGUAUUGCUCACUAUCAUCAUCAUUAUCAACGUAUUGCAAUGUAAAAAGCCUAGUCUAUUGCCCGAAUUUUUAAAAGACUGGAAUUGGCUACCAGAAUUCAUGCACUCUCUGGAUCCUCUAGACAGGCUGAUCAUUCGGAUAUUUGGGGUCUGUAAAUGCUGUCAAUGUUGCCUACAACCUCAAAAUGCUCAUGAUGGAGCAGCUUUGGGUAUAACAACCCAUCAAUCAGCAGUAAACAUUUUAGAAUCUGCUUCUCAAUCAAGCGAAUGCCAUGCACUAAAUGGAUUUGAAAAUUCUGCAUUUGUUUGGUCAGGAAAGCCAAGUUCAGAAAGCACAAUGCUGUGAUAUGACAAAUUUUAAAUAUAAUUAAAGAAGGGCAGGAUAUCAUGAACAGAAAUUUGAAUUUAUUUUAAUUGUGUAAAAAUAAUACUGUUUUUACUUUUUAUUGAACAUUUACAAAUUAUGGUAAAUAUGGGUUAAAUGUUUAAAGACAAUUGUUUUGAAAGAUUUAUUAUUCAGAAUAUGAAUAACUUGUGAAACAACGACAUAUUUAUUUCCUAGAGAUCUUAUGCACAAGCUACAGAUGCAAAAUUCUGGUAAUUUAAUACUGUAAAAUAACACAUAUACCCCAGAUAUGUAUGUAAUAUAAUAAUGGAUUACAAGGGAAUUUUAAAAAUCACAUCAGAAUCUUGUACAGUUAUUUUGCAAUAUACCAAAAAUAUAAUAUUAAUCCAAUCAUGAGACCAUGGUACCAUGAUUGGAUAGUACAAUAUUAUUUACUUAUACUGUCAUAGCAUUCUAUCACAAAUAAUUCUUUGUAAUAAAAACUGUUAUUGUUUUUUAUUCAAUUAUUUUGAAAAUUCAGUAUCUUUGUCUCUAAAAUCAUUAUUUUUUUUCAUACAUAUAACUUAUAUGUAAUGUUGAUGCAAAUGCCAAAGAUUUCUUAUAAAAGUGUAGUAGAUAAUAUUUUUGGAGGUAACAGUAAUUUUCAAUAAUUUUUCUGUAUUGUAUGCAUACAAAUUUUUUAUUUUAUUUUCUUUGGAAUUAAAUAAACUACAUAAAAUAGUUAAAAACUCAAAUAAAAAAAAAAAACAGUUUAAUGAAUAAUAAAAGUCUAUUCCUUGAUAUUUGAGAAAUCUGUGCAAUAUCCUAUUAACUUAUCCCAACAUCUGAGUUAAUGAUCAAUAUCAAAU